CGGAUGUGGCACCCACAGCGCCAAAAUUCAAAAAGUUAUUGAGUCGACCAGGCAGCAUGUAAAUAAGACUAAAUGAACUAUUAUAAAUAUUACGGAUCAUUUGAUUUUACAUCGAUUAUGUGCCAAUUGUUUCAACUAUUAGCAGGAGACAAGCCACGCGGAAUUGCCUGAAACAUCACAGUAAUAUGAAGCUGUACAGAAUACCAUUGAACACCUAGGAGCUUUUUCUUAUGAUUAGAUGAUCAUGAGACGGAGCCCAAGGAGACCCCUGAUCCUCAGAAGAAGAAAGUUGCCCUUUCAGCAAAAUGAUCCGCCAGCUGCUGAAUUGCAAAGCCAAGAUGGUGCAUUGGGCUCCAAAGAACCUUCAAAACCAGCUGCCAGUCAGAGAUUCCCUGAUGGUAUCCGUAUUAUGGAUCACCCUUCCAUGUCUGACACACAGGUGGUUGUUGUCCCCAAAACAGCAGACCUUCAAAGUGUUAUCCGUGCCCUCACUGCCAAAGGCAAAGAGUCUGGAGUCCAGGGGAGGAACAAGUUCAUCCUUCUGAGUGAGAAUAGCAGCCGGGACAAUGGAUCUUUUUGCCAGCCUGCUGCUGAAGGGGAUGACAGCUCUACAGUUGAUCAAACAGUGAAAGCAGAAACCAUGCACAGCUCCCCUGAUGCUAAACAUCUCACUGGAAUUAAAGCAUUGAAUAAGGAACUGGAGUGUGGUCCUUUAGACGACAGCCUCACCAAUAUUCAGUGGCUCGGCAGAAUGAACACAUGUGGCUUCCAACCAGAUCCUGUCAAGCAGAUGGCCAAAAAGGAGAACCUAACCAUGAGUUCAGAGACUUUUCAGGCCCAAAAUGCACUAAUUGAUGCAGAGUCGGCUCAGCAGCCCAUGUCAGAGCGCCCACCGUACUCAUACAUGGCCAUGAUCCAGUUUGCUAUCAACAGUGGGAAGAGCAGGAGGAUGACACUGAAAGAGAUUUACAUGUGGAUCGAAGACCACUUCCCUUACUUCAGAGAGGUGGCCAAACCAGGAUGGAAGAACUCCAUCCGCCAUAACCUCUCUCUACACGAUAUGUUUAUUCGUGAGACGUCACCAGAUGGUAAAAUUUCUUUCUGGACUAUCCGACCCGAGGCCAACCGAUGCCUAACUCUUGAUCAGGUGUACAAGACUGGCUGUGACCCAAUGGCCGCUCCUGUUCCGGUUCCAAUGCUUUUAUUUUCCCACCAACAACAAAAGAGGAUGCUUCCUGAUGCAAGAAAAACACCAAUUAGCUCUGAGAGAAGGAUGAAACCUCUUCUCCCUCGCACCGAUUCUUACUUGGUUCCCAUCCAGCUGCCCGUCAGCUCCUCCAUCUACCUGCCGUCUGCCCCGUUCCCCCCCUCUGGCUCACAGCAGAAACGGUUCACUUCGCGAGCAGCCAAGAGAGUGCGGAUAGCUCCUAAGGUGACACAAAGCGACGUCCCAGCAGUAGUGAUGCAUCCUCAGAAGAAUGAGGACCUCAGGGUGGAGGUGAAGGAGGAGCCGAUGUGUGUCUCGAUCAAAUGCGAGACUCCUAAAGCCCCUCCGAAGAGACAAGCCAGCAGCUCUCGACGCAAACAGCGGCUGGUUCACUCUCUGAACGAGGAGCCUGUCCUCCUCUGCCCCGAUAACACUUUCUUGGACUCCGGUGUGGUCUCCGAUGCUUCCACCUUCCAGGAGAUGCUGACCAUGGAGCUAGACGAGCAUCAGGAGGAGGAGCAGCAGAGCCCGGAUCGUGGCUUCUCCUCCUCCAAGACCCCCAUAAAAAGCAGCAGCCACCUGACCUCCUCCACGCCCAGCAAGCCUCCCUCUCUCGCCUUACCCGAGCCCUGGAAGGUGACCCCCGUGGGCAAAGGGAACCAAAGUGCUCUAGACUUUAGUCCCAUCCGCACACCAGGCGGUCCUGCAGUGACACCACGGCACGAUUACACCACCUUCAGCUUCAACAGCACUCCCUUUAAAGACUGGCCCCUGUUUAGCUCCCCAAGAGAGCUGCUCACAGGCGCUCUCUCCCAUGCAGCCACAGACUCUUCCAUGGAGUGCCUCAGAAGCAACUGCUCCAGAGAGCUGCUCCAGGCCGGAGCUGGUGCCACAACGCCCGCUAACCGCUCCAUCACGGAUGGCCUCGUCCUGGAUACAAUGAACGACAGCCUGAGGGAGAUCCUCGUGGACAUCAGCUUCUCUGAUCUGGUUGAGGAGGACCUGGGUAUGGCUAAUAUCAGCUGGUCCGAGUUCAUCCCUCAAUUUAAGUAGAGUAAGGGCUAAAAAAUGUUCAAACACUAAAGGAGAAAAUGGAGAGAAGAGUUCCAUUUGGGUGUUCCUCUCCACUUUCUAGCUUUCUCCUCGGGUCUUUCAUUUACUGGUUCCUUUGAAUAUCUUCCUGUUUUUAUUUUGAUCAUUUUAUUUUACCUAUCAUAUCCGUGUAUACUUUCGAUGGAUUACUAAAGACGAGAAGUUUGUAUGUAUGUGAAUUUACACUUAUGUAUGUUGAUUUGCACAUUUUAAUAUAUAAUUUAGCUUUUGCGUAUGUAAAUGUAAAGACAAUAUAUUGCCUGAUAAGCCAGCCAAGCGAAUCAACUUGUAAAUUGAGACAUUAUUAGCAAUAAACAUGGCAGAGUAAUACAAGUAGCACUAACAGCAAUAGGAUUAAUAGUAUCUUCACCACAGAGAGCUAUAUUCUGCAUGCAGUGACUCCUUGUGUUUUAUGGAGCAAUAUUCUAAAUAUUUUGUGUCUAUCUAGCGCGCAUUGUUAUAGUUUUCAGACGCAAUUGUAUUUUCCAGAAUAGCUUUUGCAGAACCAUCUUUGGAGUGCAGAAUGGUAGAUAUGCCGCAUUCUGAAAAUGCCACAGAAUAAUGUUUGGCUUUAAUAUUUCCUCCGAGUUUGUCAGAAUGCGUGUUUUCUAUGUUAGAGGGAUUGCAUUGUAAUCUGUAUACAAUUGGUGCAGAAGAGCGAGCAAGAGUGAAGCGUUGUGGUUUGUAGCAGACAGAUUUCUAAGCAUGUGCCUUGUUCUGUUUUCUGAAGUUGGUGUUUUUUUGACUAUACAAAUAAAUCUGCUGAUGUUGGCACAUUACACAGCAUGAAAUACUUUUUAUUUAUUAUUUUUCUUGACUGAAGUAAGCUUUGAUUUGCCUCAUUAACAAUUUCAAAAUGUAAAUAAAGGUUUUUCCAGCCGUACACAAACUAUACUAACCCUUCUACUGCGUUUGCAUUUGUUAAACUACAUAGCAAUGCCUAAUUAUUUUUACUUGAAUAAAAGGUGAAAAUUA